ACUCCCCAUCCCUGUUCACACACGCCUGCCUCUUCCUCCUGUUGUCGCCGUGGGCGCACCCUCCGCGAGCUCCACGAUCUAGCGCCGCGGCAAAAGGGUGGAUGCGGAUAGUACGUGGUUUCGGGGGCACGAGCUGGUCGGGUGAGGCAUGGGAAGGAAGCCUGACGCGGCAGCGAAGCCGCACUACUCCGGCGGCGGCGCUGCCUCCCCGAUGGCGGCGAGGAGGGCGCCGCCUUCUCCGGUGUUCCUGGGAACCGCGCUGUUCGUUCUAGGGUUCGUGUCCCUCUUCACCGGGCACGUGGUCACUGACGCCGACUGGUCGCGGAUCCGGAGCCGGUGGCGAUCCAAGCAGCUAAGAAACAAUGAACCGGUCGAUAUUUGGAAAUCGAAGUAUUCCAGCUUGUACUUCGGAUGCAGUGGGAGGAGCGUCAAUUUCAGAUCUGCUAUACCGGAAAACAGUUCUACUGGUUACUUGUUGAUUGCUACUAGCGGAGGGCUAAAUCAGCAGCGCAUAGGGAUAAUAGAUGCUGUUGUUGUUGCCUGGAUUUUGAAUGCCACACUUGUUGUACCUGAGUUAGACCACCACUCAUUCUGGAAGGAUGACAGUGACUUCUCUGACAUUUUUGAUGUGGACUGGUUCAUUUCCUACCUUUCAAAGGAUGUAACGGUUGUUAAAAGGAUCCCUUAUGAAGUGAUGAUGUCAAUGGAUAAACUCCCAUGGACCAUGCGGGCGCCUAGGAAAUCCAUGCCUGAGUUUUACAUUGGUGAAGUUUUGCCAAUACUCAUGCGAAGGCGAGCUUUGCAAUUAACGAAAUUUGAUUAUAGGCUCACUAGUGAGCUUGAUGAAGAUCUGCAGAAGUUGCGUUGCCGAGUAAAUUAUCACGCGUUAAGAUUUGCGAAUUCCAUACACACUCUGGGUCAGAAGCUUGUGCAAAAAAUGAGACUCGUGAGCUCGCAAUAUGUUGCUGUUCACUUGAGGUUUGAACCUGACAUGCUUGCAUUUUCUGGUUGCUACUAUGGUGGUGGUGAAAAAGAAAGGAAGGAACUGGGUGAAAUUAGGAAGCGAUGGGAUACAUUACCUGAGUUGAGUGCCAAAGAUGAGCGCACUAGGGGUAAAUGCCCGUUGACUCCUCAUGAAGUUGGUUUAAUGCUCCGAGCUCUUGGUUUUGGCAACGACACAUACCUGUAUGUUGCUUCUGGAGAAAUAUAUGGUGGAGAGGAAACUCUCCAUCCUCUCAGGGAGCUCUUUCCAAAUUUCUACACUAAGGAGAUGCUUGCUGGGGAUGAUUUGAAACCAUUCCUUCUUUUUUCUUCGCGGUUGGCCGCAAUUGACUUCAUCGUAUGUGAUGAGAGUGAUGUCUUUGUUACAAAUAAUAAUGGAAACAUGGCCAAGGUUUUAGCUGGGCGAAGGCGAUACAUGGGCCACAAGAGAACUAUUCGCCCAAAUGCAAAGAAACUCAAUGCACUGUUUCAGAGACGGAAUAAGAUGGGUUGGGAUAUGUUUUCACGGAAGGUAAAGAAAGUCCAGAGAGGUCUUAUGGGGGAACCGGAUGAUAUAAGACCAAGACAGGAUGAUUUCCAUGAAUUUCCUUCUUCUUGCAUCUGCCUAAGAAAACCUGGGAACAUAUCGGUCACAGCAUGAACUUAAAGCUUGACACAGGAAGUGAGGUAGACAAGUGGAGAAGGUAGUUUGCAUGAGCUGCACACCGGGGAGAUGUAUUUUGCUAAGAAACAAACAUGGUGAAAUUUACGGCUUGGAACAAACAGGGCAGGAAUGGAUAAUGCGUAUAUGCAGAAAUAGAUGCCAUGGCUCGGUCUCCAUCGAACUGGUGGCCGUGUAGAGAUGACAGUUAAACCAGGGAAACUACCACGGGAAGGAGUUACAACAGAUGUGCGAUGCCUUUAAUUUGUAGUUUAUACAUGAUUCAUUAUUUGGAUAUACUAAUGUCAUUUGAUCUUCUACCCGAGCAAAGCCUCUGGGCAGUUCACUUAUCUGACGAAGGACAGGUACUAGAACAAUGGCUACUCAACAUUUUGUGAUUACUGUACUUUGUUCCUUUUGGAAGAUGACUGAAGUGUGUUCUUUUUAUUGGAUUGUAAGAUAACCAUUGCCACGCAACGCUACGUCACACUUUUUUUCCUCUUUCCUAUCUCAUGAUCAUGUAAUAUAUCAACUUGGAAAAGUCAUCCUGGUUUAUUAAUGCAAUAGGUAUGGAUAUGCUAUAUUUCCUUGC